AUUUCGUAAUAAACGUAGAUAAUAUUUGAUAGUAUAUAAGAAAACCAAAUUUGAAUUUCCCGGGCAUUUUAUAGAUCACGAUUCGUAUCAACCAAUCAAAUAACAGUACUCAUUGACAUUUCUCAAGUGGAAUACGCCCUCUGCUCGAAGAUAUUCAGCCGAGGCCAUUAACCGUUCGGUAAAGUUCGGGUUUAGGUACGAGCACUGACGAAAGUUACAUUCCGUUGGGCACCUUCACCAUGAGUGUUUUCGCCCGUCCGUCGGUGUCUCGUGAAAAAUCUAGUUUUCCUUGUCCGCGUUAUCAUAUAUAAUGGUAGUACGAUAUUAAUUCAUGUUAAUAAGGAACAGACGUUAUAAAAACGUCUAAGUUACGUGCGAGUAAUGAAGUGAUGGUAGAUGGUGAAAUAGAUAAAAAGAGAAUAACAGCGACAAUUUACAUCUUGAAAGAAGUCAAAAAGAAGUUAAGGAAAAGCAAACAUGGGGAACUGUUUCAGUAGUAGCAGGGAUCCGGAUAAAGACAACUCCGAUAGGAUAGGAAAUCCCAACAUAGAUGCUGUUGUAUCGCCAACUAGUCCAGUGCCAACACCACCUCCGGAUCCUAUAAGGCCGGUCCCACAAAUUCCAGAUGCUAAUGUGCCAAGUGCUAAGAUAUUCGUAGCGCUUUACGAAUACGAUGCUCGCACAGACGAGGAUCUCAGCUUUAGGAAGGGUGAACAUUUGGAAAUACUCAACGAUACCCAGGGAGAUUGGUGGCUAGCUAGAAGUAAACGGACUAGAAAAGAAGGCUAUAUACCUAGCAAUUAUGUUGCUAAGUUGAAAUCGAUAGAAGCUGAACCAUGGUACUUUAGGAAGAUAAAACGAAUUGAGGCUGAAAAGAAAUUAUUAUUACCAGAAAAUGAUCACGGUGCAUUUUUGAUUAGAGAUUCUGAAAGCCGUCACAAUGAUUAUUCUCUUUCAGUACGUGAUGGAGAUACUGUCAAACAUUAUCGUAUACGACAGUUGGACGAAGGUGGCUUUUUCAUUGCUAGGCGGACCACAUUUAGAAAUCUUCAAGAUCUUGUUGAACACUACAGUAAAGAUGCCGAUGGAUUGUGUGUAAAUCUCUGUAAACCGUGUGUACAGAAACCUGUAACGGAAGGCCUUAGUCAUCGUACACGAGACCAAUGGGAAAUAGAUCGUUCAUCCCUUAAAUUCUUACGGAAAUUGGGUCAGGGUCAAUUUGGAGAAGUAUGGGAAGGACAAUGGAAUAAUACGACACCGGUAGCAAUAAAAACACUUAAGCCAGGAACUAUGGAUCCAAAAGACUUUUUGGCAGAAGCACAAAUUAUGAAGAAACUUCGACAUGCCAAGUUAAUUCAACUUUAUGCUGUAUGCACAAUGGAAGAACCAAUUUAUAUUAUAACAGAAUUGAUGAGGCAUGGAAGUUUAUUAGAAUACUUACAAGGAGUUAGAGGAAGAGCUUUGAAAUUACAACAAUUAAUUGAUAUGGCCGCACAAAUAGCCACUGGCAUGGCUUAUCUCGAAUCACAGAAUUACAUUCAUAGAGAUUUGGCAGCACGAAAUGUAUUAGUAGCUGAUGGAAAUGUUGUCAAGAUAGCAGACUUUGGUUUAGCCCGACUUAUUAAAGAAGACGAAUAUGAAGCUCGUAUUGGGGCACGAUUUCCAAUUAAAUGGACCGCACCAGAGGCUGCUAAUUACAGUAAAUUCAGUAUUAAAUCUGAUGUAUGGUCAUUUGGUAUACUUCUUACUGAACUCGUUACUUUUGGAAGAAUACCAUAUCCAGGUAUGACAAACGCAGAAGUAUUAAACCAGGUAGAACAUGGAUACAGAAUGCCUUGUCCACCUGGAUGUCCAACGGCACUAUACGAUAUUAUGUUAGAAUGUUGGAACAAGGAUCCUAUGAAGAGGCCAACGUUUGAAACUCUUCAAUGGAAACUUGAAGAUUUCUUUACAAUGGAGGGAUCAGAAUAUAAGGAAGCAUCUGCGUAUUGAAAUGAAAUCUACGAGAAAAAUGUUAGUAAUUUUCAGUUGGCUUCUUCGUACGAUUCGUCUCGUACCAUUAUUCGUAUGAUGAAAGACAAGACUCGUGUUUCAAUAGUACUUUAUUGUCGAUAGGUAAAGACAGGGAAAGUCUAGGAUUUAUGAUGAUGAUGAUAAUGAUGAUAAUGAUCAUGAUGAUGAUGAUGAUGAGCUAUUCAUUCGAGACAUGAAUGCUUGUGAUAUUUGAGAGUAUAGUAUACUUUAAUAGAAUAUUUAGGGUGUCUCUUUAUGUUUCUUUUUGUUUUGUUCUUUUUUUUUUUUUUUAAAUAUAUA